AUGUCUCAACAACGCAACGUACAACCAGCUUAUACUGAAGGAGACAUAACCCUAGCUGUCUCUAAUAUUGAAUCAAACCAGAACCUAAGUGUAAAGCGUGCUGCAGCAAUCUACAAUGUCCCCCGAACGACCGUACGCCGCCGACGCGCUGGACAACGCUCUCGACGCGAAUGCGAGCCGAACUCGAAGCGCCUUACAAAGCUAGAAGAGGAGGUGAUUGUGCAGCGCAUACUAGAUGAAUCUCUACGAGGUGUACCACCCUCAAAGGCACACGUACGAGAUAUAGCUGAUAGACUGCUGAGAGAGCGUGGUGGAAAGCCUACAGGCAAGAACUGGGUUGAUAACUUCAUUAAGCGUACACCUGAGCUGCGAACGCGAUGGAGCCGUCCGUACGAUCACCCGCGAGCUGUCUGUGAGGACCCAGCGGUUAUCAGGCCAUGGUUCACGCUUGUUCAAUCAAUAAAGGCGAAGUAUGGUAUCACAGAUGAGGAUACCUGGAACUUUGAUGAGUCUGGCUUUAUAAUGGGCAAGAUAUCCUCUCAGCUUGUUGUUACAGGCUCAGAGAAACCUGGGAAACAGAAGAAACUACAGCCUGGCGAUCGCGAGUGGGUAACUCUAGUACAAGGCGUCUCUGCGAUAGGGCGCGUUAUCCCGCCCUUCCUCAUCUUUGCAGGGAAGGUCCUUAUCACCUCCUGGUUCGCAGAUCUACCUCGCGACUGGAUUAUUACUGUCUCUCCUACUGGCUGGAUCAACAAUGACCUCGCGCUCGCGUGGCUUAAGCACUUCGAUGCUCAUACGAAGGCGUCCUCUACUGAGGCAUAUAGGCUGCUUAUCAUUGACGGCCAUGACAGCCACUGCUCAGUAGAUUUCCAGGACUACUGCAAGGAGAACAAGAUUAUCGCUCUCUGCAUGCCACCUCACUCAUCGCACUUCCUGCAGCCUCUUGACGUUGUCCCCUACUCGCUGUUAAAGCGCCACUACGGCGAUGGGAUCUCGCUCUUGGCACGCAGCCGCAUCCACCAUGUUAACAAGGAAACCUUCCUACCAGCCUUCAAAGAAGCUCAUAAGAAGACGUUCACACCAGAGAACGUUCGCGCAGGCUUUCGAGGUGCUGGACUAGUCCCAUAUGACCCAGAGGCUGUGUUAUCGAAGCUGGAUGUGCAGCUGCGUACGCCUACGCCGCCUGCACCAGGCACAGUCGCCUGGGAGGCGCAAACACUGCGCAACGCCCGCGAGAUAGAGGCGCAAUCUAUGCUAAUUCGAAAUCGCAUGCAAAACUACCAAGGGUCACCAGCAAGCUCAUUAAAUGAGCAGCUUAAGCAGCUAAGUAAAGGCGCUCAGCAGAUCGCUCAUAAUAUGGUGUUAGUGCAGGAGGAAAUGGGCCGCCUUCGAGACGCUGUUGAUACGCUUACAAAGCGCAAGACUCGCAAAAGGCGGUACGUACGCGCAGAGGAGAAUCUAACAGUUGGUGAGGUAUCUGACUUAAUUGCUAAAAUGGACGGUGGUAGGCGUGAGGACGGCGAGACGCCUGCGAAGAGUGUGCGCACAGAGAGGCGCUGCGGCCGUUGCAGCGAGGUUGGGCACAACUCCCGCACCUGUAGGGUAGAAAUAGAGGAUGUAAAUAAUAGCGACGCUUCUGAAUAA